CUGAGUUUAAAUAUAUUUGGCUAAGGUGUAUGUAAACUUCCGACUUCAACUGUAUCUCCGUAUAUAAUAACUUUAUACAUCAAACUCCACUAAUGAGACAUGUUAUCCUCAUAUAAUCUAAAGUCAUGUUGUCCUCGUUAACAUGUCUCAUUGUAAGAGGAUAACAUGUAUCUAACGAGACGACAUGUUGUCCUCUGAGAUUUCUGAGACAUGUUAUCCUCUACCUGUAGAUCCAACAGCGGUGUUGGACAUACCCCUAUAUAACAUUGCCAAUCAGCUCACACGGAAGUGGUUGUGACAUUCAUUCACCUCUUUCACACGUAAGCUAGUCCCCUGACAGCUCUCAUUCACUCAAUACUUAGUAGCUCAAUUUCAAUCCUCUUAUUAUCCAAAUUCCUAAUGGUAAUAAUUUAAAUCGUUUGUUAUCCAAAUUUCAAUCGGUUUUUGUUAACCACAUUUCUUUCAGCUUAUUAUUCCAUAUCUCACAAUCACAUAACUUUCACAUCCACAUUCACUUAGUACUAUUUCCAAACACACUCGGAAGUCUCCUCAUUACCCACGUGCAUCGUCUACGAUUCUCUGUCAUUACUUGCUAUGCACAAUAUGUAUCGCCAACGGUGCUCUUGCCGUUACUUGCUAUACAUAUAAAUAACACAUACUCAAAAAUACCUUGCGUUCUUUUUUUUCUAGCUGCAGACCACAUCAAAAUUUAUUCUAAAUGCCUAUAGGCAGCUGUCAGCGGGGCGUUGCCCUCGCUCUAGUCUUCUCUUAAAACUAGUGAAUGGUCUUCUCUCUAUAAGACUAUGGGUACCUUUUUUAUGCGUUACUCGCCUUGAUUUUCUUCCUUUUUUUAAUCCUUAAUUUUUUUUUUAUACAGAUUGAUUUCAAUUGACUUACUGAAAUCAGUUGCCUUCCCUCAAUUGUUCGCGGAUGGUGUGUCUCCUCCUGGACAGCUCACAGUAAGGGUCUGGUCUGUGCGGGUCUCGUCGUCUUUUUGGUCACAUGGAAAUUUCCCUCACGCUUCAUAAAAUGCGCCACCAGUUUUCCUCGCAGACCCCCACUGGAAAGCUCCGCAGGGAGGAGUAUGGAGAAUGAUGAACUUCCGUCAGCGGAUGGGAUGGAUCGGCGUGGGGCUGUACCUUCUGGCUAGCGUGGCUGUCGUCUACUAUGUCUUUGAGAUCGACCAAACAUACAACCGUCUCACCCUGGAGCACGUGGAGCGGGUGGCUCAGGAGCAGCGACCUCUGGCAGGGGACAACACGCCUCCCGCCGCAUCCUCUGGGCCCCCAUCCUCAGCCUCACUGCCCACCUGGACCCAGAGUCUCAAAACUCGCCUGCUCCUCUUGCCCUUCUGGGUGUGGGUCACCAUCUUCCUCGUGCCCUACCUUCAGGUGUUCCUCUUCCUCUACUCGUGCACGCGUGCUGACCCCAAGACGGUGGGCUACUGCAUCCUGCCCGUAUGCCUGGCGGUACUCUGCAACCGCCACCAGACCUUUGCCAAGGCGUCCAAUCAGAUCAGCCGGCUGCAGCUGAUUGACACCUAAAGUGUCCAACCGAUUGAGACGGUGGAUAAUAUCAGAGGUGGGGUGAGCAGCCUUAGUGCAUGCUGCACACAAACUAGGCGGCGGCCUACUACUCUCCCACCUGAACUACAGGAUGCUUAACACUCAACUAGUGCACUGUGUGAAGUGUUAAGCCUACCAGUCUUCACUAGGCAAUUCACUUGGGGGUUUGGUGGUGGUUUUGUUGAUGUGUAUGUGUGCUGUUCUUGAGAUGAACAAUGGUACGUGUUUCACAACCCUUUGUAUUUGUGAUUUCUUACAUUCAACAAAGGCUGGACCAAAGGGUGCCAAGUGCUCCAGGGUCUCACCACAGUACCUGACUAUGAUAGACACCAAUCAUUGAGGGUUUAUCCGUUCACUGCAAGGUCCCAUUUUUUUUGAGCAAAUAAUUCUGUGAGGAAAGGUUGAGAGCCAUAUUGGUUCAAUCAUCAUCCCAAAACUAUUACUGACUCGAAGUAAGGUGAAAUAUGACGUGUCAACUAAUUUGUACAGACAGUUUUAGGAAUGUGAUGCCAUUUUAAAAAACUGUCUUAGUGGACCAGUAGUGAUUCUUAGAUAAGUACUGCAGUGUUUUGUUAUUGGUCUGAAUGUAUUUUGUAGUGUUAUUUACUGCUGUGUUGGCUCAGUAAUUUCCUUCUACAUAACAUGCUUUUUUUGUCAUUCUAUUACUUGCAAUAUUUAGGAAGUGUUUCGGAGAUUCGUCCAUCUAUCCAGUAUUUGUAUAAGAUAAAUAUCUUGUGCCUUUUAGGACUCCCCCCCACCCUCCAAGUAAAGUCAAAGAAAGUCCACACAAAGCACACGGACCAUGCUUUUGAAAAAUACCGAUCUUCUACUACAGCCAUUGUUUGUUGUCCUUGUGUGCCAUAAAGUGACAAAAACAUAACAUGAAAUUGUCAAAAUGUUAUUGCCUUUUUUAUGAGGAUCCCUGGUCCCUUCUUUGUAAGACAUUUAUGUGGAAAUGUUGUAUGUUCAAUAUUGAUCAAUGAGUUGUGGAAUCCUUCACAUAUGUAAGUUACGAGGAAAAUGUUCACUGCCAACAAAGAUAAUUUCCUAUCUUGAAAUGAGCAAUGGGACAAAUUUGGCUAACCUAUAUGAUCUUAAAUCUGUCUUGGAUGUCUGUGCCACAUUAAUUUAUAUGGCAGGUAGUGUCCUUAAGCAAUUCUGCAAAAUACUAAUUUGAACCUUGUUUUGAAAUCAUCUUUGGCUACUCUGUGUUGAUGGGAGGUCAACCUCCAUAUUUUUAAACGUUUCCAAUUGAUUCAAGAUGGAACUGUUUUGAUUUAAUGUUCCAUCUACAUUAGCACAGUAAUGAAUGUACAAAAGGUUUAUUUGACCUUCCUCCCAACACAGGGAAUUGGCAUGUGCUGCGUCGAGUGACCUGACCGAAAGGGAAUUGGGCUGGGUUGUGUUCAUUAAGGCACACAAAGCGUAUAAAAAUGUUUUCUAACAGAAAAUACAAAUUUGUCCAGGUAAUCCUUCCAUGCUUAUCAGUUCUGUUUCCUAAUGAACACAACCCUGAUUUUUGUCCUUGACUAUACAGCAUGUGUCACUCAUUGUAGAGGCCCAAGUGUAUGCGGGUUUGUGCUCUUCCCUUGUCCAUUAUUAGUAAGGAACCCCCCUCACCUGGUUGUCUAGGGCUUAAUUGAAAGCAAAAACCAACAGACUAGGCCCUCUAUGUAAUGAGUUUGACACCCCUGCUAUAAAGCAGGGUUCCCCAAACUUUGUUCUGGGGUGCCUAUUUUGGUUUUUGCCCUUGUACUACACAGCUGAUUCAAAUAAUCAAAGCUUGAUGAGUUGGUUAAUAGAAUCAGCUGUGUAGUGCUAGGGCAAAAAUGUGCACUGGGGUGGGGCUGCUAUAAAGGAUCAUCUACUUGGGUUUUGGACUGGGUGUUUUUAGUGGCUCACAUUACAUUUUAACUGAACUAUUAUCUUUCACUCCACCCCGUUUCAACUUCAUCUAUUUUUACUAUGUUGCACCCAUUAACAACUUGGGUCCUCAGAAAUUGCAGUGUCUACAAAGGGUCACGUUCAGAAGGCAUCAGAUGGAGUUACUACCUGAACUCAUAGGAAUGCUCAUUUUGAUCAAUUUUCUCCUACCGAAAGUACUAUUGGUUUUAACAAGAUACAACUGACUACAGUUACUGAAACCUCAAGCUAUUCUCAGGAUAGCCAAUGUGGUGACAUUAUCUACCCAAUAACCUGAUUUGAUCAAUAAGUGUCAAGGUCAAAUCAUACUUUGCAGAAGCUUCCCUACUCGACCAGAGUUGUCCACCCUUGAUUCAACCUACACAAGUCCUAUAUGAUAGUUUGGACAUACAGCACUAGCCUGUAGAGACACUACCUGGCAUGUUUAUUUUUGAAAAGUCGUAUCAGAAGAAAAAAAAUAUGGGCUUGUUUGGUCUGUCUAAAAGAAUGAGUGGUGCUUCUGAUUUCUAUUGCCUUUCAAAUCUAAACACACUGUGAUUAAAAUAAGGUCUGGAUUGUAAGAAAAUUAAACGUAUUAUGGGAAAAUG